CCUCAUACUUCUUACGAGUCAUCUUCGAGGUCGCUGAACAUGCUGUCUUCUGCUCUUGCCUCUUCCAUCCUGUUCCUGGCUUCUUCGCAUCUGGUCGAUGCCGCAGGCUACGCGACCCGCGAACCUCAACUCCNNCCAUCCUGUCAAGGCUUCGACGUCCUGACCAACGAGACCAGAUCACUGGAGUCGAGGAACUUUACCAUAUCUACUGGAGUUGUGUGCAACGUCCCCAACAGCAAUUUUUCCACCUCCUGCGAUGUACUCAGCGGCGGCUGGCCGACUCUUCAGAAUGCUGUCCUUUAUGCGAACGGCUCUGCAGUCCGAGACAGCUAUGCCAUCGGCUACGGUCUGUGGAAUGCGACUGGCGACUCCAAUACUCUCUAUGGCGGCAACAUUCUCGCUGUAGAGAAUCAGACAGUGACGUUCGAGAAUGGAACAGCUGGAGAGGUCGUGUCUUUCGAGAGUGUGGCGGGUCACUUCGAGAACAUCAGUGUGGUUGCUGGCUCCCGCUCGAUUAAUGAGACCAGUCCCCAGGCCGCUGCAAACCUGAAGCAGAACCCCAACAAUCGUCCUCCUUACGGGCUUGUAUCGAGUCGUGCUUUCGCUGGACCAAGAUUGGCUGGAGCAGGAGUCACGAGUGCCUUGGUUGCUGGGGUGGUCUGGUUUGGGAUGUGGGUCAUGUAA